CUGAACGAGACGGUUGUCAGUCAAGCAGACGGCGAUGUAGACGGUCAGUCAGGAACCGAAGACGGAAGUCGUCGUCGAACGCCGUUCACGGAGAAUAGCCAGUUGGAGGCCGACUUGGCUCUCGCUCGUGCGAUUCAGGAACAGGAGUGUGCAUUCAUGAUGCUUUACCACCAGCAAGCAUUAGCAGCAGCGUCAGCGUCAGCCUCGGGUUCUCGCUCUGGCUCUAGAGGCAGCUCUAGACGGCUUCAAGGCCGUCAAGACCGUGAAGUCCGUCAGACAGGCUCGUCGGUAGAUAAUCCCAUUGUGCUGCUGAGCGAGGGAGAGGAGCUCGAGGCAGACGAUCCCGAUGCCGAGGAGGAAUUCGCAGAUGCGGACGACGAUGAGUACGGCGAAUGGGAGGAAGCUAGCGAAGACGAUGGCGAAACAGGCGAAGAUGGCGAAAUGGGCGAGGUCGGUGAACGAGGAAGCGAAGCUGCGGACGAGCCAGGCCGCGAGUCACGUGGACAAGUCAGAAGUGCGUCGCUGCAGCGGCAGCUGUUCCAGAACGGCGGGAGCGAAGUGGACCAGCUAGGACUCGAACCCGAGACCGCUGCGAACAUGUCGGGAGUCCUCAGGGACGGGAGAGGUGAUGGCGCCGAAGGAGCUGGGGAAGGAGCGGAAGGGAUUGCAGCUUGGGGGGUUGCUGAGGGUGGGGAAGCAGGGGAGGCAGGGGAGGGAGGGGAGGGAGCGUACGAGGAUGACGAGGCGUUUGCUCGUGCGUUGCAGGAGGAAGAAGAGCGUGAGAUGGCUCGCAGGCUGUUCGCCAUGGCUGGGCUGCAACUGAGCGACGGUCGAGGGUCGAGCUCGAGGAGGAGAGCGGAGAUGCUGGCAGCAGCGCAUGGCGUCGCCUGGCCUUUCGGCGAGGGAGAGGGUGAUGAGGAGUCGGAGGAGGAGGAUUCAGAGGAGGAGGAUGGGGAGGAUGAGGAUGCACUGGAUGUGGACGAGAUGACGUAUGAGGAACUGACUGCUCUGGGAGAGGUGAUUGGAACAGAGAGCAAGGGGCUGGUGCAAGCAACCAUUGACGCACUGCCACGCGUUGCAUACAGCACCAAGAGCCCCCUGAGGCGAGGCGAGGACAUGUGCGCCAUUUGCCAGCUGGAGUAUGAGGAAGGGGAGGAGUUGCUGCUGCUGCCGCCGUGCCACCAUUCAUACCAUGAGGCCUGUGUCUUGCAAUGGCUGGGGCGGAACAAGGUUUGUCCUGUCUGCAAGGAGGAGGUGCAACAGCCCCCAAAUUAA